AUGUUAGGUCUUCAUGUAGGCACCUGCCUGUUCCUGUGCGUCCUCCUGGACCUUGUUGAGGGGUCUCUCAUGCAGCCCUGUCAGCCCAUCAACCAGACUGUGUCUUUGGAGAAGGAAGGCUGCCCAACGUGCUUGGUCAUUCAAACCCACAUCUGCAGUGGCCACUGUGUCACCCAGGAGCCGGUUUUCAAGUGCCCAUUUUUCACCAUGUACCAGCACGUGUGCACCUACCGGGACGUCCGCUAUGAGACGGUCCACCUACCUGACUGUCCCCCUUGGGUGGACCCUCAUGUCACAUAUCCUGUGGCUCUGAGCUGUGACUGCAGCCUCUGUACCAUGGAUACCUCCGACUGUACCAUUGAAAGCCUUCAGCCAGAUUUCUGCAUGACCCAAAGAGUACUAGCGGAUGGUGACAUGAUCUGA